AAUAAAUUCAUGUUGUUUCGUGUGCUUUCUAAAAGGAAGAGUGGAAAGUAGUUUCGCUGUCUCAAAAAUAGUUUUUCUUGUUCAAUAGUUAUUUAGCUAAAUCUCGGCUUUUGUGCAAACGGUACAAUGUCCAACCGAGGAGGCAAAAACCGUGGGCGCAACAACUGGAACCACGGUGGGGGUCGUAAAUUUUACGAUGGUCCGGCAAAUAACAACUACUCGGAACAUGACGAUCGAAUGGAACGAGAUCGAGAUCGCAAGGUGACUGACGUCAAGCGACGAGUCAGUUUCAAGCCGUUCAACGGCGGACGGAACAAAGGCGGAGUGAAGAUAACGGAUAUGCAGAUUAGGGCGCACCUGGAGGAUGAUGAUAGAAUGGGACAUGCCGCCGGCGGUGAUGGUUUCGAUGGAGAACGGAGAACGUUUAAAAAAGGUUUCAAGGGACGAAGGAGAGGGUCCCCGGUCCCGAGAGGUCCGAUGAGCAGUGGACCGGUGUUCCGGAAAAAGUUAGUGCCCGGUCCGACCGGUUGGUUCGAGGUAAAAAUUCCGUAUGGGCACAAGUAUGAGAAGGAGUUUAUUCUGCGCUCGUUGGUUCAAGCAAUUUCUCCACUGAUAUUCAUUCCACAAUACUGGAAAGUGGAGGACACGGCGGUCAGUUUCUAUAUCGAGGAUUUCCCAGCGGCUGAAGCUCUUCAGAAAGUGGAUCGCACGAUAGAUCUCCCGGAUGGAAGAAAGAUGAUUGUGAUCGUGCGGAACAGCAAUCCUCAGUUCCAGGUGAACGCGCAGCUGAAGGAGCGCAUGAAACUUGCCAUGGUCAAGCGCUACAAUCCCACAACCAAAGCGCUGAAUUUGGAGAAGUUUCACACGGAUCCCGAUCUGAGCGAUAUAUUUUGUGCACUGUUCCGGCCACAGAUUAUGCUGGCCGCGUUUGAUGUGAUCAAAGACAAUAUCCCAGACCUGGAGGCGCUCAACUUGAACGACAACAAACUGCACAUGGUGGAUCACUUCAAGGUUUUGGCGCAGAAAAUGCCGAACCUAAAAAUUCUCUAUUUGGCAAACAAUAAGAUCCCGUACGUCGCAUCGCUGGAUAGUCUAAAAGCGCUAUCGCUGGUGGAGAUCAACCUCGAGGGUAACCCGCUGAAGGAUCGCAUCAAGGACCAGACAGUCUACAUCAGCGAGGUUCGGAAGCGUCUGCCGAAGAUCAUCAAGUUGGACAACAUCGACCUCCCGCCACCAAUUGGUUUCGACGUUCCGGAGGACGACCACAAACUGCCCUCGGCAAAGGCAUCCUUUUUGUGUGACACUGCCGGUGCUGGCAUCGUGCGCCAGUUUCUGGAACAGUAUUUUAUGAUCUACGACUCGGACAAUCGACAACCGCUGCUGGAAGCGUACCACGAGCAUGCCAUGAUUUCCAUGACCGUCUUCAACAGCCCCAGCCAGAGCAGCCAACAGCGAUUACAAAGCUACUUGACCUACAACCGAAAUUUGACCUCGAAACGAGAUCUGGACACACGGUGUCGUUUCCUGAAGAUGGGUCGUUUGCCGGUGGUGUCAUUCCUGUCCGAGCUGCCCAACACCAAACACGACCCGCAAACGUUCGUCGUCGAUCUGACGCUAUUCACGCCCCAGCUCAUUCUGCUAACCGUAACUGGCGUAUUCAAAGAACGAAAACUAGCUGUCAUCAACGAGCCAUAUCGAUCGUUCCAGCGCUCGCUUGUGAUCGUUCCCUCCGGAAGUGGGUUCUGCAUUCGCAACGAAAUGAUCCACAUCAACAACGCCACCCGGAUACAGGAGGAGAAAGCAUUCAAGGACCCAACCUCCAACGGGUUCCAAUCUACGGCAGCAGUGGCACCUCCGCCAGCUUCGGUGGCUCCCGUUGCUCCGAUAACUGCCGUCCCGCCGGUGGUUGGUGGCCCCGACGACAACACCAAACUUCAGAUGGUUCAAGCGAUGGCCGCCCACAGCAACAUGAACCUGGAAUGGAGCCGGAAGUGCUUGGAGGAAACGAAUUGGGACUUCGAACGAGCCGGAUUCGCAUUCACCGAGCUUCACAAACAGAACCGGAUACCGCCGGAAGCGUUUGUCAAAAAUUGAGAAUCGUUUCGCAGCGAGGUACCACUGGAUGUUGAAAUGAUGACGACGAUGAUGCGGUGGAUCCGCAAGGGAGUCCCAACGGGGAAAUAUUUUAGGUUUAAUUUGCUGUGGGGGGAUAGGCGGGAGGGAGGGUUAUGUAUUGGGAGAAGGAUCAACUUGUUGGUCUAAAAAUGAAUAUCAAAUUACUUAUAAGAAUAUAAAAGACUACAUUCAAGAGCAAACUGAAAAUAUGUUGGGUUUUUUUUUGUUUCAUUACAAAACAUUCUCAAUGCAUUAGUAAUCAAUUUGGUCCUUCUCUCAAACACAUUUCAACUUUGUGUAGUUAUUUGUAGGUAAGUGUAAGCAGUUUGAAACCGAUGUAGAAAAUGCUUUAAAAGUAUAAUCGAAAUGAACAUUGUGGUCAUUUGUACAGUAAUAAAAUGGCGAAAACAAAUGCUCUAACUGGUUCACCAGCUAUAGAAUAGUUAUUAAAUGAAUGAACAAAAACAAUUGCGAUUAUAAUGAAAUUUUAUGUCUUAAAUAUGUCCAAUGCGUGACAAAACAUGCAUAUUUUAUUUAUGGUUUACAGUCUGAAUGUUUGUUUACAGCCAAAAGCAGCCAAUUAAUGCAAAGUUUUAUAUAAUUGAUAGAAAAUAUUUUCUUAUCUAUCCUUAAUUUAAGGUUUUGUGUAAGUCAUCUAUCAUGAAAGUAAUCCAUUGUAGAAAAUUAGCUCCUAGCAAAAAAUUUAUAUUUUUAUUGAUAUUGACGAAAAGAAUACCAACUGAUUACUAAGUCAGUAAAUUUCGAUCAUGAAAAGUAAUGGUAAAAUAAAAAUAUUAAAUUACUUUUA